GGAGGUUGCAUAACCAACCAAACCUAACCAAUCCAAGUCAACCAAAUGUUAUCAAGUCGUGUUACUUGAUGUAAGCACAAACAAGUAGUUAUACAUCAUCGCAGUACUCAAGUGCCGGUAAAUCCAACAUAUAUUCUAAAGAUGUGUUCGUUAUACAAAUCCAUAGCUGUGUUAUUAUCGAUUUCUGUGAUUGCCCUGGAGGGCGUACAACCUAGUAAUAACAAAGACCUCAUUAAACAAAAAAGGUUGCCCCCGUGCAGGGCCUGCAAGACGUUCGUAGACUCCUUCAAAAGGGGCAUGGAGAGGACAGAAAAGGGCAAGUUUGAAGGGGGUGAUGCAGCCUGGGAGGAGGAAAAGCUAAAGUCCUAUUCCAAGAGCGAAAUUAGAUUGGUGGAGAUUCAAGAGAAGCUUUGCUCGGAUGUUGAAGAGGGACAAAACCAAUGCUAUUCUCUGUACGAGCAGCAUGAUGAACUACUGGAGGAAUGGUGGUUUAACCAUCAGAACGAUGUGCCAGACCUAUUCCAAUACUUCUGCAUAGAAUCUAUUCAACACUGCUGCCCAGAGAACCACUUUGGACUUGAUUGCAAGCCCUGUGUGGGAUAUCCAGACAAUGUAUGCAGUAAAAAUGGAAAAUGCAAGGGUGCUGGAACUAGGAAAGGUAAUGGUGAGUGCAAUUGCAACAAAGGCUACAAUGGAAAAUCGUGCAAUACUUGUGUCGACAAUUUCUUCGAAUCGUUCAGAAAUGGGGAGCAAGUAAUAUGCACAGAAUGCCAUAUGGGAUGCGCUGGCAAAUGCACGAAGGCUGGUCCGAAAGGUUGUCUGGAGUGUGGCAAGGGAUGGAUAAAGAGCGAAGAAAAGGGAUGCCUCGAUUUGAACGAGUGUGCCGUCAGCAAUCCUCCAUGCGGUCUGCUUCAUUUCUGCGUCAACACCGAAGGUUCCUACAAAUGCCUAGACUGUGAUAGAUCUUGCUCAGGAUGUACUGGAGAUGGUCCAGAUAUGUGCAUCCAUUGUGCAUCAGGUUUCAUUUUACGCGACAACAUGUGUAUAGAUACCGCUAAUGAGAGCCGCCAGCACUACGUCAAUUACACAAGGUACUGCGUGUACCUAGGUCUUUGUAUUGCCACUUGCAUCAUUCUACAGAAGAACGUAGCGCUGGCAGCCGUUAUAGGUUUAGCAGUUGCAAUACACAUAUCUCUAUCCGAAUACAUUCUAAACACACCACCUAGUCCAAACAAAACUCAAAUAGCCGAGCAGAUUAUGCGUGCAGCUAACAACGACUUUUAACAAACUGACUGUAGUACUUUUGAAAACUCGUAAUUAAAUAAAAAAAAACGUUUAGUAGUCAUUUAAACUUCCAGUAAGAUGUGAUGCAGUGACAAAUAUGUUGCCUAUGUUGUUGGUUCACCAUAUCUGCCGAGAAUAGCGUCUUAACCAAUUUUCUUUACCA